AUGUCCUCACAUGAUGAUGACACAUCCCAAUCACAACACAUUCCUCUGGAUUUAACCAUUGAGAUAUUCUCAAAACUUCCUGCGAGAUCGAUAGGGAGAUUUCGCUCCGUCUCUAACCUUUGGUCGACCAUCACCACAAGUCAAUAUUUCAUCAACUCCUUCACGAUGCGGUCCUUGGCAGCCCGGCCUUCUGUAUUGAUAUUCGUCUAUCAAGGCGAUAAGCUGUUCGUUUUCUCCUCUACACUGAACAAGAAUAGUUCUGGUUGUCCUCUUUCUUGUGUGGGAAGUUAUCAAUUUCCAAACCCUGAUUUGGGUAGCCUGGAACGUUAUCAUUCCUUGCAAUGGUCCCAAAACCUCGCGAAGAGCUACGCUUCUGUGGUGAUAAACAGUAUUAGAAAAGUGUUGUGUGAAAGAACUCUCGGUGAAGAACUUAGAUGCGGCAAUGGACUUAAACUUGAUAAGGGCUGUAGGUACACCAUGAUGAGUAUUUACCCAAAUCAUAUCGAGAGUCUCGUGUCUUUUGUGAGGUAG